AUGAAAGAAAUGAUUAUGAACCAGGAAAAACUCGCCAAACUGCAGGCACAAGUGUGUGUUGGUGGGAAAGGAACUGCUCCUAGAAAGACGGCGGUUCCCAGAACAGCCACAGCAGACAAAAAACUGCAGUUCUCCUUAAAGAAGUUAGGGGUAAACAAUAUCUCUGGUAUUGAGGUGAACAUGUUUACAAACCAAGGAACAGUGAUCCAUUUUAACAACCCUAAAGUACAGGCGUCUCUGGCGGCAAACACCUUCCCCAUUACAGGCCGCGCUGAGACAAAGGUGACCGAAACGCUUCCCAGCAUCCUCAGCCAGCUUGCUGCAGACAGUCCGACCAGUUUGAGGAGACUGGCUGAAGCUCUGCCCGAACGAUCUGUGGAUGAAAAAGCACCACUUGCUCCUGGAGGGGAGGGUGAUGAUGAAGUUCCAGAUCUGGUGGAGAAUUUUGAUGAGGCUUCUAAGAACAAGACAAACUGA